AUUUCAUCUAGUUAUUCCGAUAAAAAAUCCCAGUAUAAUCUGCUUCAACGAGAGCACUUCAAGCCAUAAAAUGGAGCAUUCUUACAGGUGUGCCGUAUACCCUCCAACUUCAUACCAUUUCAAGCCCUCAUUCCCUUCGGCUCUAUCUUCAUCCAUUGGCCUCUCAAGCAAAAUCCCAAUUUAUCAUUCCAAGAAACAAAAAAAAUUGUUCACUGCCUCUCUAAGGACUGUGUGUAUUGGCCAGUUCUCAUUUCCUGAACUGCACUCCUCAUGUAAAAAAAGAUGGCCCCCGUUUGUAGUCUCAGCCGCUGCUGCCGCCAUUGAUACUGUGGAGGACAAGCUUCCAGCUGCUCUCCAAGUCAUUGAAACAAAAGAGCCCAAUUCCAGGGUCAGAUUGAGUGUAGAUGUUCCCCCUGUUGUAUGCGAGGAUUGUUACAGAAGAGUCAUAAAGGAGUUCACUAAACAUUCAAAGGUCCCUGGAUUUCGCCCUGGAAAGAGUGUUCCUGAAAGCAUCUUGGUUAGCUAUGUCGGGAAGCAAAAUGUUCAGAAAGCUACUGUUGAAUCUAUUCUCAAGAGAACCCUCCCGCAUGCUUUGUCUUCGGUAACUGGAAAUGCCUUAGAAGACUCAAUUCACAUUGCUACGAAAUUUUCCGACAUGGAAAAGACAUAUUCAUCUUUAAACUCUCUGAGGUAUGAUGUCCUUCUUGAUGUGGCACCUCAAAUCAAAUGGGUUCCAGAAAAUGGAUACAAAAAUAUUAAGGUUGUUGUAGAGUUAGACAGUGAUGUAGAUGCUCAGAGAAUUGCUGAGCAAGAGCUGAAGCGUCGUCACAAAGCUCUAGGUGCAUUGCAAAUUGUUUCUGAUAGGGGGCUGCAGGAUGGCGAUGUUGCAAUUAUUGAUAUAUCAGCAACAACAGUUGGAGAUGAACAGAAUUCUAAAAGAAUUCCAGCAGCAGAGAGUAAAGGUUUCAACUUUGAUACAGAAGAGGGAGAUAAAGUUCUCCCUGGUUUCCUGGACUCAGUAAUUGGAAUAAAAUGUGGUGAAACGAAGUCUUUUCCACUUGUAUUUCCAGAAUCAUGGAAACAAGAAGAUCUCCGUGGUGUUCAUGCUCAAUUCACAGUUCAUUGUAAGGAACUAUUCUAUAUAGAUUUACCUGAGCUGAAUAACUCCCUUGCUGAAAAGCUUAUUCCAGGAUGCACUACCAUUGAGGAUGUCAAGCAAUCAUUGUGGCAAAGGUGCCAGGAAGUAGAGCAAGCAGCUAAAGAGCAAGCAACUGAUAAUGCAAUUCUAGAUCAAAUUCAACAGAUGGUCGAAGUUGAUAUUCCACAAUCACUCUUUGAGGAACAAGGGAGGCAGCUGUAUGGGGCCCAACUAUUAGAAAUACAAGCAAAUAUGAAGCUAAAUGAACAGCAGCUGUCGACUCUAUCAAGUCCAAAGGCCGUCAAUGAGUUCCUUCAAACUCAAGAGGAAAACAUAACAAACAUUAUAAAGCAAAACCUAGCCCUUGGUGAUAUAUUUUCUCGUGAAAAUCUGCAGGUUUCAAUUGAGGAGUUGGCAAAGGAGGUUCAAAACUCAAUCGCUGAGUUCCAACAACACAAGCAAGAAUAUGAUGAGGAGCGUAUAAAGGAGCAGGUGCGAGAGGUACUUGAACGAGUAAAAGUGCUUGAGUGGCUUAGAGAGCAUGCCAAAAUUCAGUACAUAACAAGAUAGGGAGUCAAUUUGAAUGAAUAUUUCAUGUAACCAUGUGGUGCAAGAAAGAGUGUUGCUUGGGGCGUUCAUACGGAUACGGGAUGCCAAUAAAACAUAUGAAGUCUUGUGACAAAGGGAAAACAACAACCAACGGUGGCGGAAAUCCCAAUUGAUAUUCAUUACAAAAUGUAUUUCGUAUUGUUAUUUUUUUCUCAAUUCUCAAAUGUAGUUCUUAUUUCAAAUGAAUGCACUUGAACUUUGUUUUUAAUAGCAAUUUAUAUAAGGGAUAAAUACCUAUAUAUGACUAAAACUCAUUACAAUU